UGGAAUACGCUGGCCCCACCAGUCUUGUGACUUUAAAUGAUCAAAUGAUUAUUGCAUCACCCUCAUCGAAAUGUUAUUGGCUGUAUAAGGCAGACCCCCUUGCAUCAUCACUCUGACGUGCCAAUCUCCACUCUUUCCAACAACACUGAUCUCAGAACACUGCGUCAAUGAAAUGGGACUAUCACUCACUCUCUGGUCUUCCUUAAAAGAUAUCAGGUGGAUAGCUGUGAUUUAUCAUGCAGUGGGAGGUGUUUAUUUGCAUAUCCACUACUCAAGCAGAUGGAAGCCCUAUGGACAUAUUCAUUUCCUUUAAGCAUUAAAGUUUAACUGAGGUAGACCCCAGAGAACCCUGGCAACAGCGGUGGGAGGAGCAUAGUAACCUUAUCUGACCCUGCUCCUGCUCCAGCCCUGUUUUAAAAACCUGACAGGCAGAAUGACAUCCAGGCACCGCGAAGACAAUCUCUCUUGCCCCCUCUGUGGAAUUAUCUUCAACCAGCCCGUUGUGCUCUCCUGCAGACACAGGUUCUGUAAAACAUGCCUUCAAGACAGCUGGAGUACCCAGGACAGUGAGGACGACUGCCACUUCUGCCCUCUAUGCUGGAGACGUUCCUCCAUGAAUGAGAUUGUGGUAAACACCAUUCUGGAGAAGACCUGCGAGUCCUUCAGGAAGGAGAUGAGCAGCAGGAAUAACCCUAUGGGGUGUAAGGAACACGGAGAGACGCUCUCACUCUUCUGUCUGGACGAUCUGCAGCCCAUCUGUGUUGCGUGCCAGACGUCGGCGGUACACAAGGGGCACAGGCUCUACCCCAUUGGGGAAGGUGCACACGACUGUAAGGAGGAACUCAAGACUGCAUUGACCCCAUUGAAGGAGAAGCUGCAGCUGUUCAAGAAGGCUAUGGUCGUCUGUGAUCAAACGGCAGAGCACAUCAAGAACCAGGUUGAGCAUACUGAAAGGCAGAUAAAGGAUGAGUUUGAAACCCUUCACCAGUUCCUGAGAGAUGAGGAGGCAGCCAGAUUGAAUGCUCUGAAGGCAGAGGAGGAUCAGAAGAGUCUGCUUCUAAAGGAGAAGAUUGAGGAGAUGUCCAACGAACUGACGUCCCUCUCAAACACCAUCAGAACCGUAGAGCAAGAGAUGAGGUCUCAGGACAUCCCAUUCUUACAGAACUACAAGGAUAUCAUCAAGAGAACCUGGCAUAUGCCGCUGGAUCCAAAGAUUAUUCCUGGAACUCUGAUUGAUGUUGCAAAGCACCUGGGUUCUGUAAAGUUCAACAUCUGGGACAAGAUGAAGAGCAUCAUUCAAUAUACUCCUGUGACUCUGGACCCCAACACAGCUGCUAGCUGCUUCAUCCUGUCUGAGGAUCUGACUGUGGUCCAGUGCUGCUCGCAGGUCUUCAAGCUCCCAAACAACCCCGAGAGGUUUGACAUCAGUGCUGAGUUACUGGGCUCCGAGGGGUUCUGCUCUGGCCGCCACAGCUGGGAGGUAGAGGUAAAGGCUAACACAUACUGGGUGGUAGGUGUGGCCAGCGAGUCUAUCAACAGGAAGGGCAAGCAUGUGCUGACGCCAGCCGAGGGCUUCUGGACUAUACGCUUCCGCAAUGGCGAGCACAAGGCGUGCACGGCACCGUGGGCGCCCUUGACCAUGAUGAGGAAGGAGCCUCAGGUCAUCAGGGUGGUGUUGGACAUGGACAGGGGCAAGGUGACCUUCUUUGACCCCCGGGAGAGGACGCCCCUCUAUACGUUUACAGACCUCAUCUCACCCCGGGUGUUUCCUUACUUCUGCACUGCCUGUAAGGAACACCCACUGAGACUGCUGCCCGUCAGGCUGUCUGCUGCUGUGGUGCUCUAGAGGGCUCCAUGGGGGUUCAUUACUAACAAGCAGUGGAGGCUCAAUUACUUACAGACAGAUCCAGUUGAGUUUACUAGUCCUAGAUGAUGAAGGCUGAUCACUUGGGACCGUCUGGAAUAAAGCAUGUAAUGGUCUUA